AUGAGUGCAAUCGAUGCGGUAUACAUCUACGACGAGCAUAAUAAUCUACUAUUGAGCCACACAUAUACGAACCGACCGCCACCACCAUCGACCCUCCUUCCGCUCUACCUCCAACAUGCCGCUCCACGACCGAGCGUCCUAUACGUACCUUCCCUCCACCCACCAACGGUAGUUUACAACAUAACCCAAGACAACCUCCUCUUCCUCUCACCCUCAUCCUCGGAUAUCGAACCACUAUUAGUCCUAGAAUUUCUCCACCGAGUCGCCGACGCCCUAGAAGAAUUCCUAGGAAGUCCAUUGCUCGCGAAUAAGAUUUCAGCGAACUAUAAUAUAGUGGCACAAGUACUGGCUGAGAUAGCAGACGGUGGAGUAAUAUGUCAGGGCGAGGCGAACGCAUUGCGGGAUGUGGUUGAGACAGGGCCCGGGGUACUGAACCAUUUGCUUGGGAAGGUCGGUCUACCCGGUAAUGCGGCGGUACCUGGUAUGCAAUCUGGAUCUGGGUCUGGUGUUGGAAGUGGGACAUUGCAGCGAUUUCAGCCUACGGGUAGUCAGACGGCUGUGAGCUCUCAGGGCUCAGCGAUCCCAUGGCGGAGGAGUAAUGUACGGCACACCAGCAAUGAGCUCUACGUGGACAUCGUAGAGACACUCUCGGUCACACUCGCGCCUUCAGGACGACCCUUGGCCGCUUUCGCGUACGGCAGUAUUGCUUUCACGUGCAAAGUCAGUGGUGUCCCGGACCUCUUGCUCACCUUAUCUACUGGUGGGAAAGGAGGAGGUAUGGGCAAUCGAGGCGAUCAGCUACGAGGCGUCAUGGAGAGAGUGGUGUUUCAUCCUUGCGUGAGACUGAAUAAGUGGAAGAGUGAGGGCGUCAUGUCUUUUGUGCCGCCGGAUGGGAAGUUUGUGCUUUGUGGGUAUGAGGUGGAUUUACUGGGUACGGAUGCUCCCAUCAUGGCCACAGGCAAGAACGCUUAUGCCAGUAUGAAUCUACCCGCGACAGUCGAAGUUACGACAGGACUGGGCUCGAGCAACAACGAAUUCGAGGUCCGCAUCGCGCAGCCGGCGUCUUCCAGUCUGUCGAGCGCUCGAUCAGCAGCCGCAGCUAGUCUUCAAUCAAAUUUAAGCUCAAGCGGUCGAGCGGGUACCUUCAAGGCUGGCUCUGCGGGUGACUCGAGAGGGCCAAGCAUCGAGAAUUUACUGGUUAGUGUGCCUUUACCCUCUGAAGUCCGCAACGUCACAGAACUUCGACCGAGCAAAGGCGAGGCGAAUUGGAACCCUGUCGAAGGGGUGGUGGAGUGGCGAGUACCUGCCAAAGACUUUGGUCCGCUGGGAGCAGUGUUGAGGUGUGCUAUCCAGGGACCAACCUCGGAUGGCGCUGAGGAUGCUGGAGCAGUACUCGACGGCAUGACUGCCACCACGUACGACUACACUGAUGAUGACCCCACUGGUGCCUACCAGUCGGAGACGGGCAGCACGAAUGGAGCUGCUACUACUACGCAGGCGAAGAGGCAAGCGAAUACGAACAGGAAUCGCGACCUCAUGCCUACAUCUGCGAGGCUCAGCUUUGGCGUCAAGGGCUGGUUGGCUAGUGGCUUGAAGGUGGAGAGUUUGCUGCUGGAUACAAAUAAGAGUCGUGGUUUGGGUGCUGAAGUGAAGCCGUACAAGGGCGUGAAGUACCUCACUGUUAGUAGGCAGGGUGUGGAGGUCAGAUGUUAG